CUCUCUCUUGCCUGGGCUUGAAAACUUCUUGGCGGGUCCCGAUCCGAUAGUGGAAGAUUUCAAAAAUUUCCGCCUUCAACCGGGCAGAAAAGCAAGCGGAGAGAAGACAGGCCACGCCCGGAAUCCUCUUUCCUCCUCUUUCCUGCCAUUUCUACUUGAGAAGAGAAGAAUCGCCUCUUGCGGCUGACAUGGCUUCGGGCUGCGCCAAGAGGAAGCAUGGAGGGGAGGCGAGGUGCCGGUGCAGAUGCCGUCAUGUCCACGUUCACUACCACCUGCCACCGCGCAGGCGGGUCUCGCUCCUCCGGUGGUUGCCUCGCCCUCGCCUCUCGCUGCUCUCCUACCUGCUGAUUCCUCCCGUGCUCUGCUUCGCGCUGCUUGCCUUUGUGGUGUCGUUUCUCUGGUUCACCUUGCUCUAUUUCGUCGCCUCGCUCUUGAGCAAGGAUGGCAAUCUCGAAUCCGUCAAGAAUGGCGGCAUCGGCCCUGCCAGCGACGUCGAAGACAGUGGACAAGAGGGGAAUUCAGAGGCGAAAGGGAAAGCUGUGAGGCAUGCGGCGGAACACCUGACUGGUGAUUCUGCUACGGCUCAAGUUUCUUUCAGGAGACUCGAGAUACAAGAGGUUCGUGCUGAUGGAUUCUCUCAAAUAUCUCGGAGGAACGACAACAAACUGGUCGAAGAUGUGAAUAUCUUUGAGACAAGCAGUGCCAAGGCUGAUUCAGAGGAAUUUUCCGGAUGGCGUCAGGUACAGGAUGUGCCGGUCGGUUGGUUUGUGGAUGAACACAACAUCAGAGUGGACAGCAGUAGCACACCAGGUGAUUUAUUUCCAUCUCUGUAUUCCACUGAUUCGGCUGAAAUUCAUGAUUUGCCUGACCUGGACGAACUGAGAGGGAUGUCAUCGGACUUUCUUGCUGAAAGCAAGCAAAAUAUGCUUGUGCCAUCGAAUACUUCGUUUCAUCAUCAUAGUAUCAGCGACGGACAUGGUGAAGAAUAUUGUAACGAUAGGAAGGAGUUAUCAGCUCGUGGUACAUAUGAAAUUAUUGAUUUCAUUGACAAGCACGAAACAAGAGACCAGACACCUGACGGUUCUUUUGUUGAAGAUGAGGAAACCGGACAGUUUGAAUCCUCAGAUGAAGGGAGUACCCAAGAAAAAGAUGCAAAUAGUGUACUUGAACUGGUUGUUGAUAGCAUAGCGACUCUGGAAGAUUUUCGUGAAAAGCAAGAAGUACAAAUGGUGCCCGAAGUUCUGAUCACGGAGGCAAAUGCAGAGCAGAGUGUUGGCGCUUCAAACGAAGGUCAGGAUUCCAGCAGCGAGAAGGAAGCAUCAAUGGUGUCACUUCAUUCUGUUUGUGAAGAUGCAGCCUCCUCAGAUGCUUCAUCCCACCAUUAUUUGGUUUAUGAAGAUGACAAACAGGAAGAGGUUACCGAACACAGCACAGCAGAGGCACCCGAUCCUGCAUCUGCUGUAGUUUGCAACAUCUUUGAGAACCGUCAGACACCAAGAAGAGAGGCAUCUGACGGUUUUGAGAAUGACGACGAAGCCAGAGAGGUGGCCUCACAGGAGAGUCUGGGAGAUCAAGCUGAUGAAAUUAACGAUGACUCUGCCUCGGAGGGAGCGCAUUGUGGAGUGCCACUUCUCAGGAGGUCCCCAUCACAAUGGUGGAAUUUAUGUGGAGUCGUUGAUGUGUUUGCUGGCUCAGAGGAUUAAAUAAUGGUGAUGCUGUUCCUGGCUUCCUCUGGUCCACUCCGUUUGUCAGGCUUCCGUGUUCUGUAACAUCAUAAAGUGUUUUCCUUGUCGAUAAAGUCAAGACAGCUAUGCUUGAAUCAAGCUGCAGUGCUUUUUCUUUCAAAGAAAUGUCUGAAACUAGGAUAACAUAGCAACAAUUAUUUUCAUUGUGAUGUACUGUCUUUGCAUUGUGAAUUGUCAUGACUGCGGAAAUGUAUGUGUGAAUUGCUUGACC